AAGCAUGACUGUACGAUAGUGAUAAGUUAUCGUACUGUCGCAUUGUCACCAUUGCACUGUAAUACUGUCACCAUCGUACUAUCGCCUCCCUGUUAAGAAUGUGCAUAAUACAUUAUCACCUCUUACUUUAUUCGUAAUGUUAAUUUCACAUAGAUCUCUGGGAGUUAUUCUUACUAUUAAUGCAAGUGCACCAAGUGACUAAGACAUUUGUACUGUUACAUAGGUAACUGUACUUUUUAACAGUAUAAAAGCUGGUUGCGAGGACAAUUAACUUAAUAAAAUAAAAUGGCCGCCAUUUUUUCUCGAUUCAUUCUUAUUUUUUUAGUUUACCAGGAUAGGGCAUCACCAGAGUACCUAUGACAGCCAUAAAAAAGUUUGUUGUUUGCACCCUUGAGUGCUUUACGCGUAUAAAAUAUAUUUUUGAUGAAUAGUCCAAAAGUAAACAUCCGUUUUCAUUUCCAUUUCGAAGUAAUUGCAAUGUGAAUGAUUGUGUUUUAAACUGGAACAUGCAGACGAUAAAAACAUGCAACAAAGGAUUAUUCAGUGAAACAUUAUAGAUAUGGUGGACAGACAUAGGAUAUCAUAGCUAUUUUGUAAAUGCACUUUGUCAAAAACAAUGCGAUGAAUAUUCUGCAGACAGAAGGAUCAUAUUUCACAGAUCAUAAUCGUAUAAAUUGGGGCCUAUAAUUGUUUCUAAAUACAACACAGCAUAUUGUAUGUUUAUGACUAGUAGAUAUCAUCACUUGCUUAAAGAAUAAAAACAAUAACUUCUCAAGUAGGCCUACAACACACUUAAAACUUGCAAGGAAGUUAAAUUAUUGUUACUCUUGGUUUCAUUUUGUUACUCAUUACAUUAUUUGUCCGGGGGAAUAACAUAAAUAACACAUGGGUUUGUCAGUAACUGUUAGAAUAUCAUCCCUCGUACAAAUACAAAUCCCAGUUCGAAGGUGACAGUACGAAGGUGACAAGACGGCAGUACCAUGGACUGUCACCAUCAAAUGUCGUGCUUCGCCAUCGAAGUGUCAUAUUGCCACCACCGUUCUGUCAUACUUUGCGCUAAUCGUUAUCAAGGAAAACGCGAUGGCCCUAAAGGAACACUAAGCUAUCUCGUUGUGAGUAAUGUGUGUAAACAAUGGCUAUUUCCGUAUACUUAAAAGCGUGAUAGUCACAUUUCCUUUGUAUUAGUUAAUGACAAACUACUUCUAAAACCGUAAAUAUACUUAAAGUUUUCCGCGAAUAAGAAAUAUUUUCCUUUUCGAAGUUUUGAUUUGGUAUUUCAUAGUGAUACAUAAAUCGGAAAGUCGAUUCUCAAGUCAAUUUGCAAUGGAAUACGAUGCCGGAAAAACUAAACCUGAAUCAAACCGCACUUUCUCGUUCAACAGGUCAACAUUAAGUCAAUUUGCAAUGGAAUACGAUGCCGGAAAAACUAAACCUGAACCAAACCGCACGUUUCUCGUUCAACAGGUUAACGAACAAUCGAACGUUUGUGAUGUCACUGUUAAAAUGGGAGUAUGGGAAAAGAAGUUCCAUCGAUGUGUUCUUGCAAUAAGCCCUUUCUUCGGCCAUGUUCUCAACGACAAUUUCCUGGAAGGGCAGACAGGUAUAAUUGAAAUAAAAAUAGGAACACCUGUAACACUCGAGACAACAAUUAUGUAUCUGUAUGGUAAGAAGCCCAAAUUCAACGAUGAAAAUAUCGAAAAUAUAGUUCAAAUGGCUGAGUUUCUUCUCAUUCCAAACUUAAAGUCUGCCUGCAUAGCCUGGUUGACAACUAUUUCUAUUACUAGAGAAAACUGCAUGAAAUUCUUACAGCUGUCGAGCAUUUUCGAUUUUGAAUUACCGAGCUGUACAACAUACAUUGAAGAGCACCUGCCAGAACUGUUACAUCUGCCAGAAAUGGUAAACUUGACAGAAGAUUCCAUGCUUUUGCUGUUUUCUGAUAAACGGCUAUCGUGCGUGCCAAUGGAUGACAGGUUACUGUUCCUUUUUAGGUGGUUAGAUGCAAAUCCAGGUUUAAGGAAGGCUCAUAUUAAGGAAUUACUAAAAGAUAUAGAUCUCCAUUCAAUUUCAAAUCAAUGUUUACAGGCGUGUUUACAAAAUCCAGAUGUAGCUUGUCAUAUACAAUCAGAACAUAUGACACCUGCCGAAUCAAAUGAUCAUCGAGUUCUCAUUAUAAAAGAUGUUAACUACAAUUAUGUAUUCUGGUGUUUAGAUUUGGAAAGAGAUCAGUGGUUUCGAGUUAAAUCAAAUUCAUUGAAAGAAGAAAGAUCGAAUCGCAUUGUUGACAUCUCUGGGACAUGCACGAACAUUGCUGGAUCAAUAGUUUGUUCUAUAAGAAGAAGCUGCCAAAAGAAGAGUUUUGUGCUGCUAGAUUUGCCGAAUGAUGCAUGUACAAAAAUGAAUUUAAUCGGGAGCGAAGAAGAGGGCCUUAGCAUUGAAAUGCCAGACAAUGUUAAAUUUGACGGGAACGUGUGUAUUGUUUCUGAAAACAAAGAAAUAGAAAUAGAAAGAAAACAAAAUCCAAAAAAGAGGUCAGGUUUAAGUGAUAUCCACCACAAGUUCAGACAUAUGUCUACGAUGGGACUAACAUCAGAAAGGCAGUCACGUGCAUUGCAAAUGAGAGAGAAAAUAAGAAGAAGAAGGACGUUUGAAAAUAUAAUUAUUUCAACGCUGUAUAUUGGGCAUAUUGGUGAAAGCAACGUUGUUAUGUCACCACUAUUUUCAUUCAUAGACGACACAAUACUAAAAUUUGCAAUCAGUGACAAUGCUAUUGCAAUCAUCUUCCAGUCACGACAGUUUGUGGCAAUGUAUGAUCUUAUUGACGGACAUUUAGAAAGAGAAAGUCAAUGGACCAGCGACAGCGAUGAAAUUGCUCCGAUUAAAGAUGGAUUUGUAAUCUACGAUAAUAAGAGAUGCAUAACCUUUAUACGAAUGCAGGGCGAGUGUCUUUCUCAAAUACCUGGUAGAAGAAAUUCCAUUCGAACAUAUUAUAUGUUCCAAAAAUUGAAUAUUUCAUAUGCAGUCAGAUGCUAUUUCGAUAUUAUACGACAAACUACAGAGAAAAUUAUAUAUUAGAAUAUACUCCAUUCCAAACAUUGGUCUCUCGGAAACCUGUAGUAUGGGAAUCGAUAGUAUGGAAUCAGUUGCCACUGCCAAAAGAAGGAGCGAUUUUAUCAACACAGCCUAUUCAAAAAAGCUGUUUUGAAAUAUUUCUCCCAAAAUCCAUGCUCUGUUGUCACGUCGAUAGCCAACAUUGCAAGACGACAUCAAGAGUUCUCUGUAGACAUACAUACGAUCAGGAUGAUUACAAUAAUGUCGACUCAUCGUCGGAUGACGAUCGUGACGUUCGUAUUUUUAACCCAACUUUUUUUAUUUUGGAAUCGGAAUAAAAGUAAAGGUAU